AUGCCAAGCGAACGGAAACGUCCACAAAAUAUAACUGACAAUGAUUUUAUGUCGAGUAUGCUUAAAUUCAUGACAGAUAAAGAUGAUAUCGAAUGGUGGUCGUCACUGCAGACACCAACAACACCCAUAGCCGAAAAGAUUUGGAGUGUACCAAUUACAGAAUGGCCACAGAGUAACAACGGCGAUAUAGCAAAAUCUCCUUUUAAUGGGCAGAAAUUGAUAAUGCGGGAAGCUUUGACAACACCAAGAACCACCGCAUCUUCACUGAAUAAUCUUAAUAUUUGUCCGUUAGGAAAAAUACCUUAUGCUACACCACUUAUUUCGACCAGCGAUCACGAUUCACCAUUCAGAAAAGAUAUGCGUUUGAUGCCGUCAGUUAAUCAAACACCUGAUGAUUCAGGUUCAAAGUCAACAUUAUCUUAUUCGAACCUCGCUUUCAAUCAUUUGACCCUACCAUCAUCAGCAGAAAAAGUUGCCCGAUCAAUUUCACCAUCGAUAUUAUCAACACCAAAUAAGAGAACAAAAUCAUCGACAGAACUGAAUACGGAUAUACCAGAUCGAUCGUUGCCAAUAUGGGAAGUAGCUGCACUAUUAAUGGAGCAUCAGGAUGCGACGUGUGCAUUGGUGAAACUCAUACAAGAAUAUCAAAGUCGAUUUCAAAAGAACUUACAUGUCAAUGAAUUGUAUACUAUGAGAAAUAUGCUUGAUAUUCAGGAUUUCCGUGGAAAUCGUACAGUUAGAUUAUUACCACGAUGUGCAGAGAUGUUGAAAGAACUACGCUCUGGUGGUGUUGUUUUGGAGCCAGCAUUUUGUGAACAACACUGUCCGUCGAAUUAUGUUGUAAAUGCCGAUUUAGAAUUACCAUUUGUCAAAUUAUCGUUAGAUAAAUUUUCUGAGGAUGUUCGAUGUCUAUUAAUAGAACACAGUGGUUCCUUACCAUUAGCAAGUUUUCCAUUAUGUUAUGCCCAUCGAUUUGAACCAUUAUCGGAUCAUGAUGAUGGUAUUCCAUUGGAACAUUUUAUAUCCUGCAUUAAAGAUGUACAAAUUGUCAUGUGUGAUGGUGCAAUUAAAAAAGUUCAAUUUGUAACGGCUACAGGAGUACUGAACGGCGUUGAUACGACAGUAUGUUCUGAAAAUAAUGAUGCUCAACAACGUCUUCAGCAAUUUGGUCGUGAAGUUCUUGAUUUAUUAAAACAACAAAGUCCACAUUGUCGAUUACCUGUAUCAAAAUUUGUUUCAAGUUAUCAUCAGUAUUUUAGCAGACAAUGUCGAGUUGCCGAUUACGGGUAUACAAAAAUCAUUGAUUUAUUAAUGGCAAUUCCAAAAACUAUUCAGAUUCUUGGAAAUGGAAAUAAGCGAAUAAUAACACUAAGUCAUCGAAGUCAAGUGAAACGUUUUACUAACGAUCUUGUUCGUAUGUUAAAAAAUAAACCGCAACGUUCAAUUCAUAUUAGCGAAAUACCAAGGGAAUAUGAAAUGGCCUAUAAAAAACAAUUUUAUAUCAGUGAUUUUGGUUUAUCUUAUAUUGAAGAUAUGAUAUCAGAAAUAAAAGACAACAAAGAACUUGUUAUCGAAUUGGAUAAAGAUAUUAUUAAACUUUAUCGUAAAGAGCGAACAGAUUUAGAAAUAUUUGCAACAAGAAAUUUUGAACGAGAUGUUGUUGAUAUGUUACGACAAAUGCCUGACUUUAGUAUUCCAUUUCAAAAAUUUGUACCAUCGUAUCAUCAUCACUUUGGUUAUCAGUGUAAAGUACAAACAUAUGGUUUUGCAAGAUUAAUUGAUUUAUUAGAAGAAAUAGCCGAUGUUAUCAAGAUAACCGAAGAUAAAAAUGGUGAAAAAAUUGUUCAGUUAACCGAACCAAUGAUUUAUCGUGCAAUUUCAUUGAAUAUUGAACAAUUAGUUAAACAAAAUCAAGGUUUAUUACCGUUAAAAGACUUGCAAACACAAUAUUUCCAUGUUUAUCGUACUGAAUUAAAUCCUGAAGAAUUUGGUGAUGAGAAUUUAGAAUGUUUAUUGAUGAAAAUGGCUGACAAACUUAAAUUUCAUUUUUUCAAUUUUGACAUUGUUAUUGGUUUACAAGAUGAAAAUCGACAAACCAUACAACUCGCAAAACAAGUUGUUCAUACUUUAAUGUUAUCACAAUGUCAACUAUCAUUUUGGCAAUUGAAACAGGAAAUGUUGACGAAAUAUCAACAAAAUAUAACAAUUACAACAUGUCAAAAUGAAUUAAAAGAUUAUGUGACGGUGAUCGAUCAAACUGUUCGUUUAACACCACCAAUGUAUUUUGCGUACAAUGCUGUCAUUCUAUUAAAUCAAUUUGAUGGAAAAAUAACAUAUGAAGAUUUUUUGUUGGAAUAUCAACGUAAAACGGGCAGUAGUCACUUGUUAUAUCCAACUGAAUAA